GGGAUCACUGGCGUGUUGUAAACAAAUUGUUCUGUAGAAGUUUAUUGUUUUAUUUCAAUAUACAUUGAAGGAAGUCAUUAAAAUGUUUAAUGAGACAUGUUGUUUACUAUGCUUAGAAAGUUCAAAGGAUCAAAUAGAUUUGGACUGCAAAGAAGGUAUGAAUGGUCGAGAAGUGAUUGAAUUGCAUUUUAAGCAGGAGUUGGAUAUGAUGUCUCAAAUUGAAAUAAAAUUCAUUUGUCGAAAAUGUUGGAAUUUAGUAGAAACAUUUCAUAAAUUUUAUGAACAUGUCAAACAAGUGCACAAGGAAGCGGCGAACACAUUGAAAAGCGUGACUUUGGAAAAUGAUAUCUUAGAAAUAAAAGAAGAAAUCAUACAUAAUAACGACAUAAAAGUUGAACCAAGACGACGUAGGGGACGUCCUAGACGUCAAAGAAGACCUGAAACUGUCGAAGUUUUUUGUGAGCCUUCUAUACCACUUAAGGAAUGUCAAGUUAAAAUUGAAGAAUUAAUACUACCCGCCUCAAUUAGUCUCGAAAAUAUAAUUAAUCGUCCUGAGAUUUUUUCUGAAGCAUUAGAGGUUAAAGAUGAGACUUCACUUGAAGAAUGUAUGGAUAAUUCUAUAUCAGCCUAUAGUUCGGACUCGGAAGAAAUAGGGAGUAAAAAUGAAUAUAAACAUUCGAAAAGACCGUGUCGUAAAAAAAUUAAAAUAAAAGGCGUUAUUAAAAAAACUGCGGAAUCAGAUGAAUAUAUCGCAAAGAAACAUUUUCAAUUUACUUGUUGCAUUUGUCAAGCAUCAUUAGAAAACUUCAAACAUUUAAAGAGUCAUUUCCGUGGAGUACAUCAAAUGCGUGGUUAUGUGCUAUGUUGUGGUAAAAAAUUAACUGAACGGGGUUUAUUAAUUGAUCAUAUUCACUUUCAUGAAGAUCCUGACUACUUCAAAUGUAAACAUUGCGGAAAGCGAAUGACGGAGCGACGUAGCCUCGAUCUUCAUCUUCAGUAUAAGCAUGCAUCUUCUUUGAAACAGCAUUAUAAUAUUAAGGAUACAGGAGAUCAAAAAUCGAUAACAUGCUUAGAAUGUGGUAAAACUUUCCCAUACGACAUUGAAUUAAGAAAACACAUGCGUUUAACUCAUUUGAAAGUUUAUGCAAAAAUAUGUGAUAUUUGUGGUAUAUCAAUAAAAGGAUGCGACGCUCUCAAACGUCAUCAGGCUGUGCAUACUGGGAUGUUGCGAAAAUUAAUAAAAUGUGAUCUAUGUGAUGCUGCGCUCACAACGAAAUAUGGCUUAUCACGUCAUAUGAAAACGAUGCAUACCGAAGAGUAUCAGACACCACAAGUCUGUCCAAUGUGUUGCAAAGUGUCACCGUCUCUGCAAGCUCACCAAAAGCAUGUAAAAUAUAUGCAUUCCUUGCAAAGGAAAUAUGUAUGUAAAUUGUGCGACAAGGCUUUUAAACGUCUUACCGAUUUCAAAGAGCAUAUGGCCACGCAUACCGGAGAAGCUUUAUAUACCUGUAGUUUUUGUCCACAAACUUUUAAAUCGAAUGCAAAUAUGUAUUCUCAUCGAAAGAAGAAACACACUAAGGAGUGGGCAGAACAAUGUGCGUUGAAGAAAAGCUUAGCGGUACCUUUAAAGCAGGCUAUCGCAACCGACUAAUAAAACAACUUUAGCAAAUCCGGCGGAAAAAUGAUUUAGUGGGUUGAUGUAGAAAAUGCGAAAGCGUCAAGAUAUUCAAAAAUUAUUUUUUAUUAGUGGUUUGAUUAAGAACCAUUAAUUUGUAUUUUGGCUUUUGAAAAAUUUAGAAUGCUAUUGAAGUGCAGAACAAAUAAAAAAUAUGUAAAAGAACAUCAGUUCGGAUUUAAUA